UUAAAAAGAAAAAAAAAACUGUAAUUGUUAGUUUUACUCCAUGUUAUGCUUUCGUAUUUUUUUUUAAUCUUUGCUUGAAGUGAAAGUCCAGGUUUGAGAGAGGUUUUGAACUAGACUAGAGGAGAUGACAGAUUCUCAAGACUGGAUGUAUGAGUUAGUCAAGAGUCUUCCCAAAUUCCGUGGGUUGACACAUGAAGAUCCAUACAGGCACCUCAAGGAGUUUUGUUUGGUGUGUUUAUCUAUGAGGCCUGCUGGUGUUUCAAAGGAGACAGUGUUGAUAAAAAUGUUUCCCAUGUCCCUUCAAGAUGAAGCAAGAGACUGGUUCAUAUACCAGUAUCCUCUUAAUAGUUGGCAGGAAACACAACAAAAAUUCUUCGACAAGUUCUUUCCAGCAGCAAAGGUGACCAGCAUUAGGACGAAGAUCACUGCCAUUGAGCAGUUUCAAGAAGAAAGCCUGGCAUAUUAUUGGGAGAGGUUUAACAGGCUCUGCACAACUUGUCCAAACCACCAAAUUCCAGAGCAUUUGCUCUUGAUUUAUUUUUAUGAAGGACUCCUGGACAGUGAAAGGAUACUUGUGGAUGCAGCUGCUGGUGGAUGUUUGAUGGAUAUAACCCCAACAGAAGCAAGGAAGUUGCUCUGCAAGCUAGCGGGUCAAAAUCCAAGUGAGGUAGUAAAGGAAAAACCUGAGCAGGUUUACUGUAAACUUGAAAUCCCUACUCAUGUAUCUGAGGUUCAAGUAAAUUUUAAUGCUUUUGAAUUGGUAAAACUUGAACCAUUUAAGCCUGUUCUGGAUUCUGAUAUUAAUACACAUGUGCACACUCAUGUUGUGGAUUCAUUAUUCCCUGUAGAGCACAUUGACAUACCUGAUGUUCACUAUCCUUGCACUGACCUUGAUUUAAAUGAUAGCCUUGAGGAUGCAGCUGAUGACUUGGAGUUUGGGAAAAUGCUGUAAAUAUUUUAGGACAAUUGGAAGAAGUGUUAUUUAAGCAAAAUUUCAAUUGGCAUUAUUACACCACACGGCUAUACCAACCAGCCACACUAAGGGAACCUUCUUCCUUUGAGAAGUGAAGCAUACGGCCAUGGAGAAUGUUUCUUUGGUUUUGGAAAAAUGAGCUUCAAUGCUACGUGUUUGCCAUCCAACAAUUAACAAGGAAAGGAAAAUGGCCACAUGGAAAGGGUAAUGGCCUACUUGGAAGCAUAUCACGUAGGGACAAGCAAAUUUUGUUGAGAUGGUCCCCUCAUAGCUUUUGGUACGUGUCAAUUCUCUACAAUUGCUAGUUUUUGCUUUUAUCAAAUUUCCAAGAGAUACAUGCUGGAAGAAAAACUCGGCCAACUCAAUUUGGUAAGCAUCUACCACACGGUUUGAAAUAAUGGAAGGGGCCACACUUGAAAGUCACGACGGACAUACCACCUUGGCCAUUGUUUGUUCACGUGAAAGCCUAGCUACAGAGAAUGGAUUGAAGAAAGUGAAGAAGUAU